AUGGCUGUUAUUGUACUUGACAUAGAAAGAUCAUGUUCUAUACCAGCUCCUAAAGAGAACCUGCUGUCAGAGAAGGUGGAACAGAUGAUGGAGUGGUCCUCUCGGCGUUCGGUCAUCCGGAUGAACGGGGACAAGUUCCGUCGUUUUGUCAAGGCCCCACCCAGGAACUACUCUGUCAUUGUAAUGUUCACUGCUCUGCAGCCUCAGCGUCAGUGUUCUGUCUGCAGACAGGCGAAUGAGGAAUAUCAGGUCCUGGCUAACUCCUGGCGUUACUCGUCUGCAUUUUCUAACAAGCUGUUCUUUACGGUUGUAGACUAUGAUGAAGGAGCUGAUGUCUUCCAACAGUUGAACAUGAAUAGUGCUCCAACCUUUAUGCAUUUCCCAGCAAAGGGAAAGCCGAAAAGGGCUGAUACAUUUGACCUGCAGAGGAUUGGGUUUGCCUCUGAGCAGCUGGCCAAGUGGAUCGCUGACCGCACAGAUGUUCAGAUUCGAGUCUUCCGACCUCCAAAUUAUUCAGGCACCAUUGCUUUGGCGCUGCUGGUGUCUCUGGUUGGAGGGCUGCUGUAUCUGAGGAGAAACAACUUGGAAUUUAUUUAUAACAAGACUGGAUGGGCCAUGGCUGCUUUGUGUGUGGUUUUUGCAAUGACGUCUGGACAGAUGUGGAAUCAUAUACGAGGUCCCCCCUAUGCCCACAAAAACCCUCAGAAUGGACAAGUGAGCUACAUCCAUGGCAGCAGCCAAGCUCAGUUUGUGGCUGAGUCUCACAUCAUCCUCCUUCUGAAUGCUGCAAUCACCAUGGGGAUGGUUCUGCUCAAUGAAGCUGCCACCUCCAAAGGGGAUGUCGGCAAGAGAAGAAUCAUCUGUCUGGUUGGACUUGGGCUGGUGGUGUUCUUCUUUAGUUUCCUGCUCUCCAUCUUCAGGUCCAAAUACCACGGGUACCCCUACAGCUUCCUUAUUAAGUGAAAAGAAAACAGAAGAGAAGGUCAGAAGACGGAGAAGAAGUGGAGUGGGUGGAAGAAAAGAAGAUCAAACUUGAAAAGAAGCAGAAAAAGUAACUGUCGACUCUGCAUGGUGGUCUUUCCUAUUUGUGUGUUGCAUUAACUUUGAUUGUCUAAUGUUUAAGAUGGAGGAAAUGUUUUCUUUGUACACUUGAAAAUAAAGGUA